AUGCUGGUCCUCGCCAUCUUCGUCUCGUCCGCUGCUGCUGCUGCCACUCCUGCCCCUCCCACAACCGCCGCCAGCAACAAAUACGCCUUCGUCCCGGUGACCAACAGCCUUUUGUUCGGCAACGCAUACUCUGUGACGUGGGGUACCACGGGAAUCACCUCCGCUGUCGACUCCCAUGGCGCGCCUCUCAAAAACCCCGACGGAUCCGUCACUGUUGACAAAGUGUACACCGCCUACCCCAACAGCACGCUCACUGGUCCCGGCAUUGUCAUUGUCACCAAUGGGCCCACUGCUGGGUUCACUAUGGGAAAGACGACGUUCCUGAAGAACGGAACGAUUCUGGACGCCUCAGGAAAGCUUGCUGUGCCGACUGUGAAUGCGGACGGGUCGUACACUGCAGGGGAUCUGACUGGCAACUACUCUUACGACCCAACCGCCAACAGCCUGACGUUCGGCAAGGAUUACACAGUGACGUGGAGUGAGACAGGAAAGCUAACCUCCGCUGUCGACUCCACGGGCGCGAAUGUCAAAGGCACCAACAACCCCGAUGGCUCUUCCACUAUUGAUGGCGCGUACACCGCCUACCGCAACGGCACGCUCACUGGUCCGGGCAUCGUCGUCGUCAUUAGUGGACCCACUGCCGGGUUCACUAUGGGAAAGACGACGUUCCUGAAGAACGGCACGAUUGUGGACACCUUGGGAAUUCCAGUUGUGCCGUCUGCCAAUGCGGACGGGUCGUACACUGCAGGGGACCUGACUGGGUGGAGAAACAGCACCAUUGUUGGCCCCACUGGUGCAUCGAUCUAUCUCGGCGCACCGCUCACACUCAACCCCGAUGGCACCGUUACUUUCGCCAGCAACAGUGGCGCUAGUGGCAGCGCUCCUUCUGCUGCUCCGCCUGCUCUGCCUGCUUCGCCUGCUCCUUCCCCACCCAAGGCUGCAGCUGGGGCACUCAAGCGACGAACCGCACUAGCGAAUGGCGCGACGCUCGUCAUUAGCAACGCCGAUCGCAGCCUGACGGUCGACAAUUACACCAUCUACGGCAGUACCAUUUACGACAACGAGACCGGCGCCGUCGUCACGCCGACGAAAAACCCCGACGGGUCGCUCACGGUGGAAGGCAAGUACACGUGGCACCCGAACGGGACCAUCACCGCGCCCGGAGUGACUAUCUACAUCGCCGGCGCGGACAGCUUCGUGGAAAUCGCGAACACGAAGCUGUUCGGCAAGGGCGGGGUUGCGCGGAACGCCGCGACGGGCGCGGUGAUACCGUGGGUUGAAAACCCUGACGGUACAUUCACUGCCGGCGACAUUACCGGCUGGGCCAACGGCACGUUUCUCGGCUCUAAUGGCGUCGACUACACGCUUCUGCCCAGCGGCACAGUGAUUGACUCUGCUGGCAAGCCUGUUAAGCCUGUAGCCAAUCCCGACGGCUCGUUCACCGUCGGCGGCAAGUACACCGCCUACCCCAACGGCACCAUUGUGGGUCCCGGCGGGUCGGUGGUAGAGAGCGGAAAGCAGUUCGCAGUGAAUCCGGAUGGCACCAUUGCUGUCACCUCGCCCACUCCUAACCCUGACGGCACUGUGUCGUUCGGCAAGGACUACACUCUCCUGCCCAGCGGCACAGUGAUUGACUCCUCUGGCAAGCCUGUUAAGCCUGUCGUUAACCCUGACGGCUCGUUCACCGUCGGCGGAAAAUACACUGCCUACCCCAACGGCACCAUCGUGGGUCCCGGCGGGGCGGUGGUGGAGAGUGGAAAGCAGUUCGCCGUGAAUUCGGAUGGCACCAUUGCUGUCACCUCGCCCACUCCUAACCCUGACGGCAGUGUGUCUUUCGGGCAGGACUACACGCUCCUGCCCAACGGCACAGUAGUUGACUCCUCUGGCAAGCCCGUCAAGCCCGUCGCCAAUCCCGACGGCUCGUUCACCAUCGGCGGCAAAUACACCGCCUUUCCCAACGGCACCAUUGUUGGUCCCGGCGGGUCGGUGGUAGAAAGCGGCAAGAAAUUCGCCGUGAAUCCGGAUGGAACCAUCGCCGUCACUCCCAACCCUAGCAGCACCAAUCUGACUGUCAACCCCGACGGCAGCCUGACCUUCGGACCCGGCUACACUCUGUUGCCUAACGGCCAGGUGGUAGACUCCCUUGGAGCUCCCGUCAAGCCCACUGCCAACCCCGAUGGGUCGUUCUCAGUUGGUGAUGGCUAUACUGCGUACCCCAACGGCACGGUCACGGCUCCCGGCGUUUCCAUCGCCACUGUCUCUGGCGCGCCUGCGUUCACGAUCGGCGGCACGACGAUGCUGGCCAAUGGCACGGUGCUGGACGCGGCUGGAGCGCCGAUCAAGCCGACGGCGAAUGCAGACGGGUUGUUCACAGCGGGUGACAUCACAGGGUUUCCGAACGGCACUAUUAUCGGCGCCAACGGCGCUGUGGUCAACACCGGCAAGCAGUUCACCGUUGCCCCCGAUGGCACCAUUGCCGUCACCUCUCCUGCGCCUGGAUCUCUCCCCGCGCCUGGCUCCUUGCCUGCUCCUGGCUCCAUGCCUGGUCCCAUUCCCUCUGGCCCCAGCAGCACCAAUUUGACCGUCAACCCAGACGGCAGCGUGACCUUCGGACCCGGCUACACCCUGCUACCCAGCGGCCUCGUGAUUGACUCCGCUGGAGCUCCUGUUUCUCCCAUUCUCAACCCGGACGGGUCUUUCACUGUUGCUGAUGGCUACAUUGCGUACACCAACGGCACGCUCUCUGCUCCUGGCGUUUCCAUCGGCGCGUCUGGGUACACGGUAGGCGGCACGACGAUGCUGGCCAAUGGCACGGUGCUGGACGCGGCUGGGAAGCCGAUCAAGCCGAAGAAGAACGCCGACGGGUCGUUCACAGCGGGGGACAUCACAGGGUUUCCGAACGGCACCAUUGUGGGCGCCAACGGCGCAGUGGUCAACACCGGCAAGCAGUUUGCUGUUAACUCUGAUGGCACCAUCACUGUCACCUCUCCUGCCCCUGGCUCUGCCCCUGCUCCUGGGUCUGAGAUGGCACCUGCCUCUGCUCCUUCCCCUGGCUCUAUUCCUGCCCCUGGCUCCGAGCCUGCACCUGGUUCCGAGCCUGCACCUGGCUCCGAGCCUGCACCUGGCUCUGAACCUACACCUGGUUCCGAGCCUGCACCUGGCUCCGAGCCUGCACCUGGCUCCGAGCCUGCACCUGGGUCUGAACCUACACCUGGCUCCGAGCCUGCACCCGGUUCCAACCCCGGUCCCACUCCCUCCGACCCCAGCAACACCAGGCUGACGUUCAACCCAGACAACACCCUGUCAUUCGGACCCGGCUACACGCUUUUGGCAAACGGCACAGUCACUGACUCCACUGGAGCCGCUGUCGCUCCCACUGUCGAUCCCGAUGGCUCCUUCACUGUCGGCGGUGAUUACACUGCCUACCCCAACGGCACGCUCACAGCUCCUGGUGCUUCCAUCGCCCUGGCCGGCACGCCCGGAUACACAAUAGGCAGCACGACAAUGCUGGCCAACGGCACGGUGCUGGAUGCAGCUGGAGCGCCCAUUGUGCCAACAGAUAACGGGGACGGGUCGUUCACAGCGGGGGAUAUCACAGGGUUUGAGAACGGUACACUUGUGGGCGCCAACGGUGCAGUGGUCAACACGGGCAAGCAGUUCUCCCUCGGCACCGAUGGCACCAUCACUGUCACAUCUGGUGCUCCUGCCUCUGCCCCUGCGCCCGGCUCCCUCCCUGGCCCCGUUCCCUCCCCCGGGCCCGUUCCUUCCGCCGGCGGUGGCAGCGUGACGUUCAACCCCGAUGGCAGCCUGUCGUUUGGUGCCGGCUACACUCGCUUCCCCAACGGCACGUUUGUGGACUCCACUGGAGCGCUCGUCUCCCCCACCAAGAACACAGACGGGUCUGUCACUGUGGGCGGAGACUAUACCUUCUACCCCAACAAUACAUUCACUGCACCUGGACUCUCCUUUGCUGAGACCGGUGGGCGGCUCACCAUUGGCGCCACGACGAUCCUGGCCAAUGGCACGGUGCUGGACGCGGCAGGGCAGGCGAUUCAGCCCACAGUGAACGCGGAUGGAUCAGCAGCGACGGCGGGAGACCUGACGGUGUACAGCAACAGCACGAUCGCUGGGGCGAAUGGUGCGGCUGUGAACACAUUCAGAACGACAACCAUUGGCCCCGAUGGCACUAUUACCUUUGGCGCUGUCACUCCCAGCCCAAGCCCCGGCACCGGCACCGGCACCUCUCCUGCAUCUCCUACUCCAUCCUCCCCAGCUGCUGCCUCACCGCCACCACCCAAGCCUGCUGGUUCCCUCGCUUCACCCGUCAGUGUCUUGGCCACUGCCAUCACUGUUGCGCUCACCUCCCUGCUCUUUGUGUAG